AUGUAUUACUACUGCAACCGGACUACAAUGAGCGCGAGCGCAGCCUGGUCCGGGGCGGAGGGUCCGCAGAGCUGCUGCGGUGGAGGAGGAGGAGGAGGAGGAGGAGGAGGAGAGCUCGUGAACGGAAACGGCGGCGGAGAGAUCACCGAGGCCCGUGCGAUCAGCGAGUGGGAGAGCGCCACCUGUGAUCCCGCCGACGCAACACGGAGCGCGAGCACGGACAGCACGGUCACGCGGGAACGAGAGGACGGUGCGGCGCGCGGACUCUCCCGCUGCUGCAGACGAAGCGCCGCGCCGGGAGGAGGCGGGGAUCCCCGCGGCGUUAAUAUUGAUGGAGAGGACGGAGGUGUGCGGUGUCCGCGCUGUACGGGGGAAUACGGGGGGCGGAGAGGAGUGUGUGAAACCGGGGCGCGAGAGUCUCGGAACUCGGAAGCGGCGGUCAGCAAGCGCCGGGGAUGCAGUUACAGCGGGGCCUCGAAGAGGGCGUGUUUCUCCGGGACGAACACGGCGGAGGAGGCGGCGUUACACUGCGGCGGCUCGGACCCUGACAGCGGUACCGGUUCCGGCUCCGAGGGUCCUGUCCAGAACACAGCCGGAAGUAGACAGAGCCGCGAGGAGACGUUUAAACUGAGACGACGGGCAGAGUUUUCCAAAGGCGCGGUAGGAGCUGGAAGUUUGAGUUUCACGUGCGAAACGAAAGGUGCAGGCGGUGUGAUUAACGGAGAGCGGCGCGGCUGCAGGACGGCUAAAGGGCGCGUGAGGCUGUACCGCGUGCGCUCCUUCCUGGCUUCUACUGAGAGGUUGAGUGCAAACGGUGUCCCCGUGGCUCAGCUCUCAGACCGCGGUCACUGCAAGCACCGGCCACAGCAACAACCCCAGUUCAGAGUCGCGUCCUCCUCCCACGGUGCACGUGCGGAUGAAGACGAGUCCGGUACGCGGCGCCCGGCUGUGAAUGGCGGUCCGCACGCGCGGGUAGCUGGACCGUGGUCGAGGCAGGUCAUGGUGGCCCAGGUGGAGGCCAAGAAACGGCAGGUGCAUCUCGGAGAGAGAACGGACAUGCUGUGGCGCCGCCUUCAUGCAGUGCAGGUGAAACAGGUGGAGCGACACGUCACGCAGCAACUCGGGGACCUGCGGAGAGCCGCCGCGGCCCCGAACCCAGCCGAGCUCAGGCGCUUAGCGCGCAGCUGCAGUGAUGUCCUCCGCACGGCCGGGGGCGCCCUAGACUCCGAUCACACGGCCAGCAGCUCUGGUGGAGGCAGUGACAGUGAGGAGGAGGAGGAGGGGGGGAGGAGGAGAGCAGGCCGACAUGUUUCAGUUUGUAUGAGCAGAGAAUGGCAGUGGAUGAGGGAGAGGGCGUGGCUAGGGAGUCGGUGGGUGUGGCUACAGGCUCAAGUAUCGGAGCUGGAGUAUGGGAUUCGUGCACUGACUGAGCUCUACACGCACCUCAGACAGGGAAAGGUUUCACAGUUGAGAGCCGUUCACUCUGUACCUGGGACGCCCCUCAGAGCUCCGAGACCCUCUCCUCAUGACUGCAGGUUCAGGAAGAGGGUAUCACAGGACUCCGCCCCCUCAUCACAAACGCCACACAGUCCCACUUCAUCUGCUGCCCGGGUCCGUCCGUUUCUACGACACCGCCGUCACAGGCUGAUCCGCUUGGAGUGUUGUCCUGCACUAGCGUCGAAGGCGGUGACUACGCCAUGCUGCUGCGAACCCCCUGCGGUAUGUGUGCUGUGUGGUCCUCCUCACCCGCCAGCCGAGGGGACGUCCACGUGGACGUGUCGGAAAGGGCCGGACCAGCGCAUUCACCCCGUUCUCUCCAUGCCUUCAGAUGAUGACCGCGGUGAACAAACGACUGCCGCGCGUUGUGCGACCCCGACGCUGGCCGGACGCCAGUCCCACAGUGCCGUGAGGUGGACGGGCGAAGCAACGUCAUCAUGCGUGGGAAGGCGGGGUCAGGGACAGCACAAGGCUGGGCAAGUAAGGAGGCGGCUUAUAUGUCCCCGCCCACCAAGCAUGCUGCCUCCACUCUUCAACACAUCUGGUGGUUCUAACUGCAGGACUCCGAGGGGUGUGGUCAACCCGGGCUUCCUUCAUCAGCAAGUAGCGGAUCUUUCCCACCUCCCUGGCCUUCCCGCACCUACAGACACGCCCACACAGCCGUUGCGGAGGAGGAGAGGAGAGAGUUCGUUCGACAUCGAUAACUUGGUAAUGCCUCUGGGCCUGGCUGGACUGGGAGCACGAGUGCAGAAGCUGCAGUACAAAGAGAUCAUCACUCCCAGCUGGAGAGAGCUGGACUCUGUCUGGGGAGUCUCGGACGGUCCGUGUGCGAACCGGUCGGACGCACCGCGCCGGCCCGAUGGAGAAGGACUAGAACGUAAAGGCGACGUGAGUGCGCAAAUCUCCAAAACCAUCCGACGUGAGACCGGAGAUAAUGUCGCUGUUACUGAGCUGGUGGAGGAUCUGUCUGACGCCGUUUUUCUGAAGAGGCAUGCAGUAUGGGAGAGCAGAGAGCGGAGUCGCUGGGGGAGCUGGGCCCGCAGACGCCACCGGGGCAGGUCGUCUUCCUGUUAUGGAGACGGGAAGAGCUGCAGGGGUUCGGAGCAGGCGCCGUGCUCUCCAGAGCCCCGGCAGGGAAAGAGCUCACCGAGUAACCUCUUCUGCUCUGCAGCAGACGAUCCCUUCUACCAAACGGAGGACGAACAGCAGUCAGUGCAGCCGUGGGAGAGCAGGUCGUUCCCCCUGCUGGAGGAGGAGCUCCGAUGGCUGCGGGACGAUGAGGAGGCGGAGCUCGAGGAGGACGCAUGCACUGCGAGCGGCCGCAGCCAGAGCACCGACUCGGGCAUCUCGGUAGGCAGCUUGGAGCUCUCGCCGAGGACACCUCAGCUGCACUCAGGAGACCACAAACCAGCCGUCUCCACAACUCAGGAUUCAGACUCCACCCUGCCUUCUUUAACCCCACCCUCCCUGUCCUCCCUGCCUUCACCCAACGCUCAUCAAAAUCCAUCCAAUCACAGAGUGAACAGAGUCGACGUCAGUCCGCCGUGAACCAGCCUGGAGAAAGCUGUUUCAGUCCUCUCUGUCCCCAAAACGUCCUGUCCUGCUUAAACUGCUGACCUUCACCCGACCUUCACCAGCCCUGCUGCCCGUCUCUUAUUUUCCGAAUGACAUCAUCAGCUCUCAUCAUCUCCGUCCUGUAACCCUUAACGUUGGUCACUAUCUAGCAGCUCCCGGGUCAAACAACACCCGAAACCUCCACCCAUAAAUAAUAAUUCUGUUCAUUCUGUUCAUUCUGUUCAUUCUGUUAGUGCUCAGCCACGUUCUUGUACUACUGCUCAAUGUUCCAGUUCUCCUCCACCUCCACGCUCACCACUUCAUCUCAAAAUGUGUUGAUCCCUCGAUCUACCCCUACACACAUCCUACUGAAGUUCAGGUUUUAAAUGCAGCUUUCUCCCCCUCCGUCCCUUCGGUCUCUCCUCUUCUCCCCCUCCGUCCCUUCGGUCUCUCCUCUUCUCCCCCUGAGGGACAGAUGAGCUGGCUGGUUCACCUCAGUCUCUCCGUUUCUUCAUUUUCCAGACCUGUCUAAAGCAGGUCUAAACGAGUAUACAUGUUAGUUGUUGUUUUUUUUUUUCUAUUUUAGUUGUUGUUAUUUUUGUAUGUUGAACACUAGUUCAGUCUCCUGGAGACCGAGAUUUGUCCACCCAGUGAAGGCAAACUCCUCCAUUAAACAGUAUCUCCAUAUAAACAAGCUACUUAUUACCCAUCAUGCUUUAUUUAUGACUUUUUCCUCACUUAUAACUUUUGUUCAUUCCACAGAGGUGUGUGUAUAUUGUCUCCACUGAAACAUGACCUUAAGUAGCCCUUACCGUGUGUGUGUGUGUGUGUGUGUGUGGGAGGGGAUGGGUCUGCUGCAUUACUCAAUUAAGGCAAAUACAAACUUUUGUAGGUAGAGCAUUCACGUGGAAAGUGUGUGAUUUGAUACAUGCGCAGUGCUCUUGGUGCGAAGAUGAAAUAAAAAUGAAAAUCACUGACACGUUUGCUAUCUGGUUUGCUCCCGCUGUUCACCGAUCAGGGUCGAAUCUGGACUUAUAAAACUCUGCGAUCAGUAAAGUGACACGAAUCCACCUUGCAGAGAUGAUCACAAGUCGUUCCAACUGAACGGUUUCAGAUUUUGUCUGUUCUGUCCAGUGGAACCAUUAACAGCUUAAACGGUGUGGUUUCUGCUAGAGGAGACCUUAGAGUUUUAGUGAAUGCUCUGAUUCCUAAUACACAGCUGAAAUACAGGCCAUUUUAUGAGCAGAAGCUCCUGUCUCCUGUCAAGUUCCAUUCACAACAUUCUGUACAUGACCACCUGAAAACCAAACAAAACAAAACCCCCUUUUUCAUUUAUUUCCGAGGCACAUGAUGAAAAAUCAGCGUGGAGGUUGUGCACUGAGAGACCGGCAGAGGGCGCUCGAGCGUAAGGCUUCCUGUGUGACUGACACACCACCGAAGGAACGGUGCAGGAAGUACAGUACAGAUACCACCAUGCUCAUCAAAACAUGAACUAAGUCAAAUUAGAGUAUUUACAUGUCCUUAGAGCAUUGGCGGAUUCAGGGGUGGGGCCAUUUCAUCUGGUCCCAGCUGAAAUCUGAUUGGUCCCUGAAGUGCCCCUGUCCUGUCAGUCAUCUCUGAUUCACAUCAGAUCGGCUGAGUCGGUUCGUUUGAAGUUCUACUUUAUUUCUCCCGACUCUGUGUUUUCACCCUCAUCCAGUUGCGCUUCAACGUUUGCAGAUGGAGGAUGACGUGAACCUGUUAUGUUACGUGGAGAAGUUGAUCAGAAGAUGAAAAAUUGCUCCGUUUUUAUUUUUUAAUGAUGCAGUGUUCUCGCACACUUUUGUCUAUGAAAAUGUUUGGUUUUAAAAUUAAAUAAUUAGUGUUUUGAA